CAGAGCAGAAAGAACCGGGCAAGCUUCCUAGGGACUCAGAUCUAACUAGCCAAGGGACUUAUCCACUAGCCAUGCAGGAGCUUAAAGCGCUUAAAAUUAGGGUGACAUCUUGUAUCAUCCUGGUGGGGAUCUCGUUAAUGUUAGCGGCUGUAAUGAGCGACCACUGGGCAGUCCUCAGCCCCAAACUGGAUGAUGACACUCAGUCGUGUGAGGUGGCACAUUUUGGCCUAUGGAGGCUGUGUAAAAAGAAGAUACUCAUGGAUGAUCAGGAGACCAUGCUCAAAGGAUGUGGCCCACUGAGCCUUCCUGGGGAGCAUAGCUGCACCUACUUCAAGCACUUCACUUCAGGAGAGAAUGCGAACAUAUUCGAGGUGACGACACAGAAAGAGUACAGCAUUUCGGCAGCUGCCAUUGCCAUUAUCGGAGUUGGAUUCAUGACUAUGGGCACAGUGUGCACCUUGUUGUCCUUCAAGGAGAAACUUGACUACCUGCUUAAACCCGCAGGUCUCUUCUUUAUCUUUGCAGGACUGUGCAUGAUUAUAUCUGCGGAGGUGAUCAGACAAUCAGUGCAUCGUAUGAUAGACAGUAAGGAGACAGUGUGGAUCGAGUAUUAUUAUUCCUGGUCCUUUGCUUGCGCCUGCUCAGCCUUUGUCGUGCUCUUCAUCUGCGGCAUCGCCCUGGUGCUCAUCUCCCUGCCACGCAUGCCCAGGAACCCCUGGGAAAGCUGUAUGGAUGCAGAGCCCGAUAUGUGAGGGUCUCCAGGUGGGGAGAUCUGUGGGGUCACAAACUGGAAAUGACAUUGGGUCCUUGACAUUCACUGAAUUGAAAUCAAUGGCCAAGAACGGACAGAGGGGGCACGUCCCUAUAUCUUGCUUUAUUUCCUGUAUAGUAUAAGUUUCCUCCCAAGGCUUGGCCAGUGGUUUAACUAUGAAUUACUGGGCUCCCUCUAACAGUGAGGGUCUGCUUCCUCUGUGGAUAAAGUGCUGGUUAUGACCUUCCCAUGGGCUGGAGAGGGCAUGGUGUGAUAACUAGUGGAAGGGUUAUUUGGGGGUUUCACAGCACCCCUACAGUAGCUGAUGUUAUCCUCCUGCCCCGCACCCUCAAGCUGGCUCCAGGCUCUCAAUAGAACUGACUGCAGCACGCAAUCUUUUUUUACUGUAUUAUUUCACUGGCUUUAAAUAGCUUCUCCCCAUCCCCAGCCUGUGGGCCCCUACAUACAGGCAGGAAUAGACACCAGCGCUUUCCUCAUAUUCUAACCAUGGGAAUCGGAUAUUCAAAGAUUGAGGGACUCGGGGCAGAUUCAUUGCUACAAAAGAGACAAAACUUUUACUCGCAUUUCUACAUCUGGAUGAUUCGGGGGGGUGGGGUUAAUAUAUUUAUAAUGUGUGAAUUUGUCUUUGUGGUGUUUGUGUAAUCACUGAAUGUCUUUAAACUUCAAGGGUAACUAGAACCCAGUUUAAAUGAGGCUGUAUCUUCUGUACAUUUGCCUAUUGCUACAGAAACAAAGCUGCCAUCUUGCUCAAUGCUGCAAGGGAAUUGUAUCACAAUUUUGGGAAACAUCCCCUUUCUGUCAGGCUGCAGUUCAAUAGAUGGGACUCUCAGCAGCCAAAGGGUUAAAAACAUGAAAUCUGCAGCAAGAUUUUUGGGACACUUAUUUUGUGUGUUAUGUGACUUUAGACUGUCGAUAAGUGGCUCCAAAGAAAAACCUCCUAAACUCACCCCAAUACACAGUCUAUCAUAAACAAUGGGAGGUAGUUCAGGAGAAGAAUAAAGAUUUGGAAUAAAGUCGUC